GGACGGAACCGCUGGGCUUUGCAGGGCUCGCCUCUCCGACGGUGCAUCUGCUGCCGGUGUGUUUUGCUGCCCUCGAGCUGCUGAGCAGAGGAAGCAAUGGAAACCAGUCUGGUGGAGGUGAACGGGACCGAGGUCUCUGCCAAGGACUCUGGCAAGACUGUCGUGAACAUCAACAUCUGCCAGGAGUCUUCACUGUCCUACCUGGUCAAGGCCGUGACAGCCGCAGGCCGGAAGCAGCCCGGGCAGAAGGCGCCUGCCCCCAAGACCCCGGAUCCGUCAACCCCUGCCCCAUCCUCUGGCAGAGCCCCAUGCACCGGGGAGCAGAAAGUGCUGGGGGGGGUCCAGAUCCUGCUCGGAAUCGUGUGCAUUGGCCUCAGGGUGGUGCUCUUUCUCUUGCAUGACCAUAUCAUAGUCAGAGACUCGUGGGCCCCUUUCUGGAUGGGGAGCCUGUUUGUGGUGUCUGGCUCCUUGUGUGUGCUCAGCGAGAGACGCGGGGGCCGCUGCUGGGUCCUCCUGGCCACCCUCUUCAACCUGGCCAGUGUCGUGGCUGGCUGCGUGGGCUUGGCACUGGGCAUCGUGUACAUGCCGGAUCUGUGGUUCAGGCGCUAUUGGAUCGAUGACGCCUGCAUGAGGGAAGCCGGUUAUACACCAAGUGGAAGAUGGAGGCCCACGUGGAGCCCCAACAAUUUCUGGAGCAUGGAAAGAUGCAGGAGCUGGAUGAUGAAGCUGCUGAACGUCUUUACUGGUGUUGAGAUCCUGCUCCUGAUUUUCACUGCAGCUGCCACAGGAAUCGCCGUCUUCUGCUUCGGAUAUGGCCUGCGUGUUCUCUGCUGCACCCCACGGGCGGACAGUGAGGACUACCUCCCAGUUGGGGAUCCAGAAGGGGCCGGUCCAGAAGUGCCCCCUCCAUAUGAGGAGCCAACCAAAGAAAACAUGGCUGCCUAAAGUGGUUGGGCCCACUUGCCACCCCUUACUGUGUGUGAAUCCACCCCAUGUCACGCGUGGCACCUUGCUGUCUCUCCAUGGGGAUUGCCGGGGGGAACUGUUCUGCUCCUCCCUCUGCACUUAUACCAUGCUGUGCUAUCUGCUUCUGUCCUGUUGAGUCCUGAGUUUAUCCUGGCACGUGCCUUCAGCUGUCUCUUGACUGGAGUAUACUGUCUCCAGCACCAAUAACCUCUCUUCUAGCACAUUGGUAGAUUACAAUGGAUUCGGUGUUGAUGAUUCGGAAUGCUUUAAUUCAGUUUUAAAUUGUAAGGUGGUCAGGGCAGAGGCCUGUGUCCUUGUGAGCUGGUGCUGCUGUGGAAAUAAAAACCAAUGAAGCGC